AUGUCCGAAGCCUCGCGUGCAGAGGUGACAGUCCCGGUCGAACUGCAUGAUCGUUCCAGCAAGCAACCCAGCAAUACUGCACAGGCUUUGGCAAGAGAGCCCGACGAGCACAAUGCAUCCAUGCCUACUGCCGAAGACGUUGAAGUUCAAGCCAAUUCCAAGUUGGAAAAGGCGGAUCUGAUCCGACUGAUUGCUUCAGGAUUCGCCUUUUUCUGCUCUGGGAUCAACGAUGGUUCUCUGGGCCCUCUGAUCCCGUAUGUGCUCCAAGAGUAUCAUGUCAAUACCAACUUUGUUUCGAUCGUCUACGGAGUUACCUUCUUCGGGUGGUUCACUGCAGCCGCUACGAAUGCCCACCUAACACAGAUAUUUGACUUGGGCUCGAUUUUGACCAUCGGGGCUAUUCUCCAGCUCGUGGCACAUUGUCUGCGUGCAUGGAAUCCACCUUUCGGCCUCUUUGCAGCGUCUUUCUGGUUUGCACAUCUUGGACAGGCCUAUCAGGAUAUGCACGCGAAUUCCUGGGUUGCGACUGUCAAGGCAGCUCACAGAUGGCUGGGUUUUAUUCAUGCCAUGUACAUGGCUGGUUGCCUGGUGGGUCCCUUCGUCGCCACAGGCGUUGCUUCAGCAAACAGCGUAAGCAAGUGGUAUCUGUUCUACACAUUUCCGACUGGAUUAUGUGUGAUCAACGUGGCCGCAACUGCCUAUGCUUUUCGAAAUACACUUGCCAUCAAAAAGAAGGGUCGGUCCUUGGACGACCACGUGGUUGCUACAGCACAUACCCAGUCCCGGAACAAAAAUGCUGUUAAAGAGAUCCGGGAAACCCUGAAGCUUCGAAGUGUGUGGAUCCUGGCUUUGUACUUCUUUUUCUUUCUGGGCGUUGCAAUCACUGCUGGAGGCUGGGUCGUGACAUAUCUUGUCGAUGUUCGCAAGGGAGACCUGGCUGACAUGGGCUAUGUACCAGCGGGGUACUAUGGCGGUGCAUUCGUGGGCAGAUUGGUGCUUGCCGAGCCCACGCACUGCUUCGGCGAACGUCUCAUGAUCUCCAUUUAUGUGGUGAUCUGUCUGGCCUUGCAACUACUCUUUUGGCUGGUUCCCAGCAUAAUUGUCGGAGCCGUCACAAUCUCGUUGUUAGGCUUCUUUUCAGGUCCUUUUUUUGCGACCGGCAUCUCCGUGGGAUCCAAGUUGUUUCCCCGACACAUUCAGCACUCAGCACUAGCAGUCGUCUUUGUGGUUGGACAAAUAGGUGGCAGUGUCUUUCCCGCUAUCACUGGACUUAUCGCCGCAAGAUCUGGUGUCAGUGUGCUCCAGCCAAUACUCGUAGGACUGAUCUGUGCCACUGGACUCACCUGGCUCAUUCUACCGCGAGUGAACAAACAUCAGGAAUGA